CCCACCGCUCACCUCCUCCCGCGUCUCUCCGGGACGCCACCUCCCGGUGUCGCCUUUCUUUCUUUCUUUUUUUCCUUUUUUCUUGUUUGUUUUGGAGCUGGCUGUCGGCUGGAGGGGCUGCGCGGCGGGGAGGUGGGGCACACGGACGGACAGAGGGACUGACGGCCAAGCUCCUGCAGGCCGGGCGCGCCGGGGACCGGGUUAAGCGCCCCGGGACGGCGUCCGCCUGGCCACCCCUGGAUGGGGUCCCGGGACGCCGUCGGGGUCAGCUGCGGGCUCAGGAUGCCGAGGAGUUAGGCAAACAACAGAGGCCAUCGAACGAGUGUCCUGGGGUCGCCCUCUGCACCCUGGGUGGACACGGGCCGGGCCUUGGGGACCCACAGAACCACCGCCGGCCGGGGUCGUGGACUUGGCGGCCUGUUGUGCAAACCUCGGCCCUUGUUUUCCCCGGCCCAGAUCGUUGGGAGGCCGCACACAUCCACCCUUGGAAUUGAUUCAGGAGAGUGCUGCUUUUCUCCUUGCUCCUCUUGGAUUUUCUGGAUUUUUGAAAACCCAGUGGCCCAAGAGGAGGAGGAGGAGGAGGAGAAGAAGGAAGAGGAGGAGGAAAGGCCAUCUGAGGAAUGCGAGAGCCUCCCCCAGCCGGAGCAGCCAGAGGCAGCAGGGAGCUAGAGGGAAGAAGGGCCCUGCCUGCGUUUCUGGGACGGUUUGUUCUGAGGGAGCCUCUUCAGCCUUAGAACAUUGUUCCGGUGGAAAGUGUUGAAUUCUUGCUGUUGCAAAGCUGGUUUCUCUGGGUGGCUUGACUUUUGCACUGGGAGGAGGGGAGGGAGGGCUACCCCUCCCCAGGGGCUGCCAAGGAGGAGAGAAGGACUAUGGACUGAGCCCUGCCUGCCCUGCCCACAGGCAAUGCCCAGACCCCCAUGGGGCAGUUCCUGGGCCAUAGACACUGCUCUGAAGAAGGGGAGGCUGGACACAAUCUGUGGGUGCUGAGGCACGGCCUCCUGAGCCCAGAGACAGCACUGUAUAACAGGCAUUGAGCUGCCAGUGCGUUUUGUUCACCUUGGUCUGGAGCACCAGCCUCUCCUUCCCAUCUUUAUCCACCAGUAGCACCACCAUGGCGCUGAAAGGCCGAGCUCUUUAUGACUUUCACAGCGAGACCGAGGGAGAAAUCAGCAUCCAGCAGGAUGAGGACCUAGUGGUCUUCAGUGAGACUUCUCUGGACGGCUGGCUGCAGGGGCAGAACAGCCGUGGGGAAAUGGGGCUCUUCCCUGCCUCCUAUGUGGAGAUCAUCCGUCCUGGUGUUGGUACCAACCAUGCAGACUACCCAGGCUGCCCUGUGGGCCCUCUGGGCACCCAGGUGAGUGCCUACAACAGCUCUAGCCCGGCCAGGAACAGUGGUGGCAGUGGCUUCCUCUCAAACCCUGGCAGCUUUGAGGAUGAUGAUGAGGACGACUGGGAUGACUGGGAUGAUGGCUGUACGGUGGUGGAGGAGCCACGGGCUGCUGGGCUGGGUGCCAAUGGGCAUCCCCCACUCAACCUUUCCUACCCAGGGGCCUACCCCAGCCAGCACAUGGCUUUCCGGCCCAAGCCACCCCUGGAGCGGCAAGACAGCCUGGCAUCAGCCAAGCGGGGCAGCAUGGUGGGGCGCAACCUGAACCGUUUUUCUUGCUUCGUGCGCUCUGGUGUGGAAGCCUUCAUCCUUGGAGAUGUGCCCAUGAUGGCCAAGAUCGCUGAGACCUACUCCAUUGAAAUGGGGCCCCGUGGACCCCAGUGGAAGGCCGACCCCCACCCAUUUGCCUGCUCUGUGGAGGACCCCACCAAACAGACCAAGUUCAAAGGCAUCAAAAGCUACAUAUCCUAUAAACUCACCCCUACCCACUCAGGCUCACCUGUCUACCGGCGCUAUAAACACUUUGACUGGCUCUACAACCGUCUGCUGCACAAGUUCACCGUCAUCUCGGUCCCCCACCUGCCUGAGAAACAGGCCACUGGCCGCUUUGAGGAGGAUUUCAUUGAGAAGCGCAAGCGGCGGCUCAUUCUCUGGAUGGACCAUAUGACCAGCCACCCCGUGCUCUCACAGUACGAGGGCUUCCAGCAUUUCCUCAGCUGCCUGGAUGAUAAGCAAUGGAAGAUGGGCAAGCGCCGUGCAGAGAAGGACGAGAUGGUGGGCGCCAGCUUCCUGCUUACUUUGCAGAUCCCUACAGAGCACCAGGACCUUCAGGAUGUGGAGGACCGUGUGGACACCUUCAAGGCCUUCAGCAAGAAGAUGGAUGACAGCGUCCUGCAGCUCAGCACUGUGGCAUCAGAGCUUGUGCGGAAGCAUGCGGGUGGCUUCCGCAAGGACUUCCAGAAGCUGGGCAGCGCCUUCCAGGCCAUCAGCCAGGCCUUCCAGAUGGAUCCCCCUUUCAGCUCUGAGGCCCUCAACAGCGCUAUCUCACACACAGGCCGGACCUAUGAGGCCGUGGGCGAAAUGUUCGCUGAGCAGCCCAAGAACGACCUCUUCCAUAUGCUCGACAUGCUAUCCCUCUACCAGGGCUUGCUUUCCAACUUCCCUGACAUCAUCCAUCUGCAGAAAGGCGCCUUUGCCAAGGUGAAAGAGAGCCAGCGCAUGAGUGAUGAGGGCCGGAUGGUACAGGAUGAGGCUGACGGCAUCCGCAGGCGCUGUCGUGUGGUGGGCUUCGCCCUGCAGGCUGAGAUGAACCACUUCCACCAGCGCCGCGAGCUCGACUUCCAGCACAUGAUGCAGAGCUACCUGCGCCAGCAGAUCCUCUUUUACCAGCGUGUGGCCCAGCAGUUGGAGAAGGCCCUGCGCAUGUAUGACCACCUCUGACUGUGUGCCCCACUCCCCAUGGCCUGGUCACAGUGGGGCUGGGGCUUUGGUGGGUGAAGUGGGUGGGAGAAGGGGCUUUGGAGCCGUUCUGGCCAACCUGUUUUAGAGAUAGGGCAGGGCAAGGCCUGGCCGCCCUCACCACCCCUGUUCACUCAGUGCCCCUAUGGUCGGGGACCAGUUGGUGUGUACCCAGUCUGGUUCUUGUCCCAGGGGGGCCCCCAUCCAAGUCAGGGGUCAGACACAGCAUCAUGCAGAGGUGAUGCAGUGUGACAGGUAGCUGAGGAGGGGGCUCCUGGAAGCUCCCAGGUUGGUCCAAGCUUCCUGCGACCAGCAUAGGCAAUGUUCCAGCAGCAUGUCUGGAUGGAAUGAGUGACAAGGACCUGCCAGACAGAAAAUGGAAAGGAUUUUUGGGGAGAGGGGUCACAUGGAGUCUUCUCUCCCUUACCUUUCCCAUGCAUAUUUGGUGUCCCAUUCAUGGGGUCUCUGGCAUGGUAGCAGAGGGAAGGGAUGGCCCUUGCUCCCUGUCCUACCCUGUCCUUUGCAGGAGGGGCUGCAGGCAACUCCUCCCUGCAGGCCUGUGCUUCCCCUGCCCUGUUAUGCAUCCACAUUCCCUUGCUUUGGGGCCAGGUAGCAUAUUUCCCCCUGGGCUUGGGGGUGCAAGACAAGCCACAGACCGUAGACCCUAGUGGGGUUUUCCUGGAGGGGAUGCCCUCAAAUUAUGGAUUAUUUGAGAUCCCCAGCAGUAAGUGCCUUGCUCCAAGCCAGCCCAGACCCCAGCUCCCACGGUCCUUGGCUGGGGAGGUGUUGUCUUUGGGAAUCCUUCCUGGCCCUCUGUGGGAGCCCAGGGGAGAGUCAGGGAUUCAGUUCCCAGCCCUUUGAAGCUCCUAGUCACCUCUGCUGUCUGCAGCCUGUGUUUACAUCCUCUAGGGGUUGCCACCACCUCCUCCAGACCAGGGCAUGGCUGAGCAGCAGUGAGGGGGACAGUGACCUUUUCACCUCUGCCCCCAGGAGGUCUUGGUCUGCUCAUAGCUGCUGCUGCUGCUGCUGCUUGAAUUUUUUCUCUUUUUUCCCCCUCCUAUUAACAUGACAAGAACAUAACUCUGUGUGGUGGAUCCUGGGAGGGCUGAGGACAGGGAAGGCUGGACCCUGCAUUGUCCCUGGAAGCCACUGGAUGAGAUUUGGUGGUCAUGGUGUUUUGACCAUAGACCCUCAACAGGUAGGGUAUAAGGAUCUGCUAGGAGGAGGUAGAGGUGGCCCAGACAUUGCUGUCCUUGGUUGUAAGGGCUGUAAGAUGGGGUUCCCUCUCUCCCUACAGGGUUUGGCUGCUCUGCUUCCUGUACCCUGAGGUUAUGGGAAGGAGGCUUGGGAGGCCUCACCCAGGACACUCCCAGGUGCUUUCCACCCCACUGGAGCCACAUCCAGGCCUUGUCUUUGGAAAGCCCCAGUCCAGGGAGGGGUGGGGACACCCAGAAACCAUGUCCUUCCCUAUAAUUCCUGGGUCCCUUGCUCUUUGGUGGUUCAAUGCUGAAAACUGAAGAUGGCAGCUGGGUCUUUUGGGGUAUACAGUCCAGGUGAUAGGAUCGAGCAGGGUGGACACACUGUCUUCAGGUGGCCAGGGGAAUCAGAAGGGCUAGGUUAGGUGCCUCUCAAUGUCAGGGCUGCCAGGGAGGCCUUGCCAGGCCAGCUUAUGACAAGAGAUGGGUACAGACCCUGCUGUUUAGGGCAGAGCGUCCUCAUAGGAACUUCUGGAAUGAGUCCUCUGGCCCUGGGUCAAUAUUAGGUCAGAUUUGGGACUUUUUGAGGAAUUUUCCCCUCCCUGUCCUCCUUCCUUCAUUUUUUGGCUCAUCAUAGGACUUAAUGUCUGUCCUAACUCUGCUCAGCUGUGACUUGCUGUGACUCCCUGUGUCGUCUGCAGAAGGCCACUGAGUGUGGUAGGGACAGGGUCUCCUUCUGGCACAGUGUGGGAGGCCCCUUGUUAAUGCCACCUGCCCUGGUGAGCUGUCACCCUCUUAUGUCCUUUCACUGAGAGGGGCCACCUCCUGUGCCUGCUGUCCUGAAGGUCAGCACUUAGGAAGGGCUUGGACCUUGGAGAAAAAACAGGAAGGGAAGUUUGGGGUGGGCCAGGCGUCCUGAGGUCCCUGGGUGGGGAAAGGUGUGUGGGAUGAGGAGUGAGGCAUCACAGCCCCUCCGUUUGGCUUCUUUUUGUCUGUGAGGGUUGGGGUGUUGGGGAAUCUGGGGUUGUUCUGGGCUGGUCAGAGCACCUCUCAGCAGAAGACUGAGGGAUCAGUGGCAGAGAAAGGGGACAUACUGACAGGGCUCACUGGCCUCAGUGACAUGCCAGCAGGUGUUCCAGGCUGAGCUGGGCCCAUCUGCCUGCACUUUCCUCCCUUGCUUUGCUCUGGAUGGGGUAGAAGACAAAGCCUCUUUUUCUAUCCUCAGUGGCCACAAGUACCUGCAUGGGGAUGGGGGUACCACUGAUUCCCAACCCUGGCCUGGCCUGGGAAGUGGAGUCUACUGUGUGGCCUCAUAUGGGCUGAGGAUAAGGUAGACUUUGGAUGCUAUGUGCCAUUGCCUUGGACACAACAGAGUUGGGAGUCCUGAGCCAUGGCUGCAGCGCCAGCUGGAGCAGUCAGGCCUAGGAGACUGGGAUGGCCCUGGCAGUGCUGUGACACAUUCAUGCAGAGACGUAGUCCAAAGCCACAGAGUCACAUACAGUCCCACUGCUUGCCUACCAGCUAAAGCUGGCCAUGUAUACAUGCACACUCAUGCUCACAAGUCACACCCCGCCACACUGCCACAGAGGCAUAGCCACUGUCACUCAUGUCUGGCUCAGCGGCUUUGCCAUGCACACAGCCACAGAUUUGAGUGUCACAUGCACUCAGCCAUAUGCCAAUUCCAUAUAUACACAGUACAGGGUCAUGCAAGCAUGGCUACUUCUAGGCUACACCUGUGCCAUCUCCUAGGUCCCUAGUCCAGUUCAUCAGAGAUUCCACAGGACUCUGAGGUACAAGCAGCCUGCAAGGGCAGGUGUCCCCAAAGGGAGGACAAGAAGCCACAAUAGCCCUGGGAUACUCGCCUUGAGAGGCCUGGUGUUGGGUGAAUGGACCAUACCAAGUUCAACUCUUCACCUCAUAGAUAGCAACCCUGAGGCCUAGUGAUCUCGGGAACUACCAACUCACUCGGCAGAUGGGGGAGACUCUAGGGUCAGACCCAUCUUUGUGUGGGCUCUGUGGUUUGGCCCUGCCUGCCCUGGGCCCAUCUCUAGGGCCAAGCUGCUCUGAAGCUGCUGGCUGUGGCUCAUAGAACUCCAGGUGUCACCAUCUUUCCAGCCCCAGCUGAGCUGCGCUGCAUCUGCAGGGCGGGAACAGGACACGGUGGGCCUGCCCAAGAUGGGCGGGAGGGACAUUCCUGUGUCAUAUCCUCCUAAACAUGUGAGGACCAGGCCUGCCCCACUGCCGUCUGAGUCAGGCCUCUGGGAGCUAAGCUGGAAUACCCCCAACAACCACCCCAAAGUUGUUCCCUGCCAGGUGACCCAGUACUUCUUUGCUGGAAGACCCUGGGUCAAGUGGAAAUUCACCUCUCCCAGUGGAGAUUGGAGCUCUGAAGGGCUGAUUGGGAAAUCCAGCCACCCCUCCCCCCACAGUGAGCAACACUCUUUGGUUUGGUUUGAUUAGCCAACCCCAGCACAGUCCAGUCUGUUUAAAAAGCAGUUGCUUGCAUAGCUGUGGCUUCCUUGGUUUACAUGCCAGUCUGGGUGACAUCUCAAUUCCAUUUCACAGACAAAGAGACUGAGACUUGGCCAGGGAGAAUGGUACCCAACCUAGAAUCCCACAGCAAGGCUGGCUAGGGCUGGGCUGGAACCCAGUUCUCUGGCUUCAUUCUCAAAUUUGAACUGAUGAGGUCACUUAGGUCCAAGGGAAGAGGGUGUGGCAGGCUGAAGAGGGUCUGCUUUAGAAGGGAGAGAAUGGCAGGCUGGUGAGCCAGCUGCCAUGAGGAGAGGGGGCUUGAAGUGCCUGAGGGUGGGGUGAGCCCUGGCAGCCCCUCCCCCCCAAGUCUGAAGGCAGCACAGCAUGUGACAUCCACAGUGAGUCUGGCUCCAUUCGCAAAACAACAUGCGUGAGGAGCCUGACUUCAUUUUCCUGGUCCUCCCUGGGUUUCUCUCCAUUCCCCACAUGGUAGAAGAGUCCUCGCUAUGAUGCAGGAGCCCUGCCUGCGCCAGGCUUCCGUAUGAUCCUUGGGGAUAGCACAUUUGAAGAUGUCGGAUAGGACUGGCACUUUUGUUCACUGAUUCAUUCAAGACAGUAGGUAGUCCAGGCCAGCCUUGAGCUCACUGGUAACCCAGACUGCCCUCAAACUCCAUCUUCUUGCCUCAGCCUCCUGAGCGCUGGAUUUCCAGGUAUGUGCCACCACCCUGGCAGAGGUUUACACAUGGAAGCCCACAUACUCAAAUUUAACUGUACACUACAUUAAAGAGUUUGGUUUACUACUUGAAAGAAACCUUG